AGUGAACUCUUGUUCGUCACAAACUUUAAAACUUUUUAGCACGCUUCUAGUCGUGGCAAAGUAGCUUCAAGUGUUACUCAGAAGCAGCAUUUGCUCUUCACUUAAUAGGCUGACAUGCUUACGUGUAAAUCUACUCCGAAUUAGAAUUAUUAUUAUUGAUCUCGUCGUUUGUUCCGUGCUGCCUUAGUGCUGCUGGAUUGUUCGGGACGAAAAAGAAUUUGAGAAGCACCCAGAGAGGAACCUCAAGGAGCAAGACACGGACUCUAUGCUCAAGCAGAUUGAGAACAACAAGACUUCACCCACAAAGCUAUCGCCUUUAUCUCCAAAGAAAAGGAACAAUUCCUAUGCAGGAUUUCAUCAGGAACUUCUCACUGGCAGCCCUUCAGUCUUUCUCGGAAAUUCGUGCAGACACAGCUCACCCUCAGGCAAACAGACGGCAAAUGGUUUGCUCCGUAUUAAGGAAGAGGCAAGAGACACUCGUGUCUUGGAGUCAUCACGUUCCAGCACCUCUGAUUUACAAGUGGAAUAGAUGCAGCUCUCCCCAGAGUUCAGUGGUCAUCUCGUGAGAGUACAAUUGGCACCUCUUGGUUCUGAAUGCCUACAGGAAGAGGGCCAGGUACAGCAACAGCACUGCGACGUGUAUCCAUCAGGAGGUGAUUCUUACGGAGGCAUGACUAGGAUGUGCCACAUUAAGCAAGAACCUCGAGAGGAGUCUUCAACUGAACAUCCAAUUACAGUUGUGAAAACAGAGCCUUACAGCGUUGCAAUCUUGGCAGGGCAAGAGCAUAUGGGACACAGCUGUGACUCGGUAUCAGAAAGAGCAGGUGAAAGCAGUUGUAUGCUUCACAAUGAGGACCAGCCCAGGGCCACUUGUGAUCGAGCAUCUUUAGGUUGCACUUCUUCAAAUCCACAGUUCAAGGUCUGCACAGCAACAGUUGAACCGCAGUUCGUCAACGCUGCACUAGUCACUACCAACAGUCAACCCACCGAUCAACCUUCAGACCUGAGGGAGACUCAAGUGGCAGGCAAAUCGUCUACGUUCGGCGAAGAGAGCGACAAGCUCUACAGGUGCAUGGCAUGUAUAUCGAGCAUGUGCAAGGGCAAUCUCUGCUGUGCAGAGUUUGUCGAGACAACACACACAAGUGAGAGGCCGUACAAGUGUGAUGUCUGCCCUGCCGUGUUCAGCGUUAACGGAAACCGGUCACGUCACACACGAACACACACGGGCGAGAAGCCACACAAGUGUGACGUCUGCUGUGCGGAGUUCAGCGAGAGAUCGAAACUGCAGCGUCACAUGCGAACACACACUGGUGAGAAGCCCUACAAGUGCGACCUCUGCCCAUCAGAGUUCAGCAGCGGCACAAACCUGUCACGUCACAGGCUAAUACACACGGGCGAGAAGCCGUACAAGUGUGAUCUCUGCCGUGCACAGUUCAGGAAAAGCACAAUGCUGCAACAACACAAGCGAACGCACACGAGUGAGAGGCCAUACAAGUGCGACCUCUGUCCUGCAGAGUUCAGCCAGAGUGGACACUUGUCGCGUCACAAGCGAACGCACACAGGCGAGAAGCCGUACAAGUGCGACCUCUGCUGCUCGGAGUUCAGCGAGAGCAUGAAGCUGCGGGAGCACAAGCGAACACACACGGGCGAGAAGCCAUGCAAGUGCAAUCUCUGUCCUGCGGAGUUCAGCCACCGCACAAGCCUGUCGCGUCACAAGCGAACACACACGGAAGAGAAGCCAUACAAGUGCGAUCUUUGCCAUGCAGAAUUCCGUGAGAGCCAGAAGCUGCGGUAUCACAAGCGAACACACACAGGUGAGAAGCCCUACAAGUGCGAUCUCUGUCCAGCAGCGUUUAGCCAGGGCAUAAGCCUGUCGUACCACAAGCAAAAACACGCGGGUUACAGGCCCUAUAAGUGUGACCUCUGUCCUGCUGAGUUCCAACAGAGUGCGUACCUGUGGCGUCACAAGCGAAGGCAUACUGGGGAGAAGCCGUACAAGUGCAGUCUCUGCCCCGCACAGUUCAAAGAGAGCACACACCUGUUGUCCCACAUGCGAAGACACACGGGCGAGAAGCCCUAUAAGUGCGAUUUCUGUCCUGCAGAGUUCAGCCAUACCGCGAGCCUGUCAUAUCACAGGCGAAGACACACGGGCGAGAAGCCCUACAAGUGCGAUAUCUGUCCUGCAGAGUUCACCCACGGCACAACCCUGUCUAAUCACGUGCAAAAACACCUGGCCGAAAAGCCCUAGAAGUGAACGUAUCUGUCCUGCAGAGCUGCGGCAGAGUACGGUACUGGUGCGUCACAGGCGGACUCCCACGGGUGAAGAGCCUUCGAGUGCGAUCUGGCCUUAGGAGCCGAUGCGCCACGAAAAACCCAGUCAUUAUCAAGUGCGAUCUCUGUUGCGUAGAGUUCAGCUGUAGCAUGAACUUGCAGUGUCGCAACCAGGGUUGGCUACCAGAAACGAGAAACGGUAAUUACCGAAAUUCAACAGCAAACGAAACUGGAAACGGAAGCAAAAUUGUUUUAGUUUCCACUACCGGAAACCGAAACGGAAACAAAAUUCAAAAGUGGUAACGUUAAUGGAAACCAAAUUUGCUGGAAGUUUCCCUUAGUGUUUUCGCGUUAAUACGAAAAUUAUAUAUAUCCGCACUAUUCUUUCAGUCAUCAUUCAUUCAUUCGUUUGUCUUCGGGACUUACUUUCGUGUUGAGCCCACUGCGCAGCAAGAUGGACGCGAAAGUUUUGGAUGACGUGUUAUUUUUGCGCACGAGCGGAGACUUUUGAAACUUAAUGUAAUGUAUUUCCGCAACCUAGAGAGGCAUCUACUUGCGGUGUAUAAGAUUCGUGACGAACUUUGCAUUAAAGUCUUUAGUGUUUCUGUUUGGUGCGGCUGUCCUUUUGCAUCCAUUAUGUAACUAGAAUAUCUGACAUGAAAAAGCCAAAACCAGACAGUACGAGUUCCGGAUGAGAAACAGAAACCAGUACCGAAAUUACCUCGGAAACAGAAAGGAAAUUCUUAAAAGAAAACGGAAACAGAAACCGCUACCGAAAAUCGUCCAGAAACAGAAGCGGAAACGAAAGGCAGAGUUUUUCAGUUACCGGAAACAGAAUCGGAAACAAUAAUAUUUUCGGUAACCAACCCUGGUCACAAGCAGCACACAUGAGAGAGAGGAGCCCUACAAGUGCGACAUGUGGAAGAAUUCAGACGUAGCGUAGUCUUGGGCCAUCACAAGUGAGUGCACACAGGUGAAGAAGCCACACUGGAACAUUCGCUGUCCUGUAAACUUCACACAGAGCGCAAACCUGCAUAAGUAUGACCUACGUGUGUGUGAAGCCAUACAAAUGAAGUACAGUUGAACCUCGUUAUAGCGAAGUCUCACGGGAACCGCGAAUUUGUUCGUUGUAUCCGAAAUUCGUACUAAAAGAAUACCUCCAGAAAUUGUAGGAGAUUGCCACUAAGCUGCUAACAAGUGUGUGCACCACGUUGUGGUAUGAUACAGUCGGGCUACAACACAAAAUGAGCACUCAAAACAGCAUAUUUAUUUGAAAAAAUCUGUAAUCACUUGUUGCCUCGUCGCGAUAGCAUUGCGCACGACGAUGUCGCUCACCUUAUCAAGACAACGAAAUCCGUUGCAAACAUCUGCUUCUGACGCCGUCGGAUGUUCCAAGAGGAAGUCCUUUAAUGUUCGUACCAUGCUAAGCGCCUCGGCGCUGGUUACGCGAGAGUUCUCCGUGCCUUCGUUUCGCUGUCACCACUGUCGUCAUCACUGAUUGCGUCAGCUCCAACCAUCGUGUUCUGCGCGGUGACGGCAGCGAUUAUGUCACUGUCUGAUAGCUCAGCUGCCACCACGAGCUCGUCGUUGGCCGACACAAAAUCGCACCUGCUUCACCAUUUGCAGAUGCUUCCACACGCUGGCUUCCACUUGGUGCCUAGCCUCGUUUGUUACCGAUGUCGCCUCCGUGUCAAAUUCCUCCGCGAUGGCCGCGAACCCUCCCUUCGCAAAGCAGUUUCGGAUUGUGGUGUGCGUGACGUCGUUCCACGCCCCGAACAACAUCUCAAUCGCAUUUUCAUUUCCAAAGACAACGCUUUCCGUUUGCGAGAUAUGGCGUACCAGCCGAAGGUGUACCCACGUUGUCCACACUGCCAGAAGGGAAUGAAUCACGUCACGCGUGGUCACGUGGGUGGAGGAGGACUGGACGCGGAGGUGGAGAUGUGGCGAGGAGGAAGCGAGAGAAUGCUGGCGCAGCGCCAGGCCAGGACGCGAUCGCUCAUUGAUGUCAUUCGUCUCAUCGGUGACACGUAGGCGGCGGCGCUAAUCUCCGUGGAUAAGUCAUUCCGCGAUAAGAAAUUCGGGGCAAAAACUUCGCAAUAACCGAGGUUGCGAUGAAAAUAGAGGAGAUUACUUCGGUGUCGAAAAAAAAUUCCCACUGAACCAAAGCAUGACCAACCAAGUAAAGAAAAAAUUUCGUAAUAACCGAAAAUUCGCUAUAACCGACUUCGUUUUAACGAGGUUCGACUGUACGUAGAAUUGAUACGUCUUUGUUGGGUGGCGAUGCGGCAAUAGGUAUGUGUUGGUAAAAGGGAAUAUGUCGUCUUCAAGCAAAUUGAAACUCUUGGAAGGUUUGUGCUGUAACAUUUAUUGUUGGGGAGCACCUGUGAAUACAUGUGCAAUGAGCCCUCUUUAUAGUUAA